AUGUAUGAUCAACCAACCUUGGAUUUUCCAACAGGUGAUUACUCAAACGUUGAGGCGCCAAACUUUGCAUAUCAACAACACAAUUCCAGAGUCUUCUUGCAAACCCAGGUGCCUCCAUCCGAAGAUCUUCCUUUUCGAGGCUCAAGCCUUGAAAUGGACCGCACUGAUGCGCAAGAUCUUCUUCUACACAAACAGUCAGGCCAGCUAAGUCAGCCGGCUUACAUGGUCUCUGACGAUUCACUCGCCUACAACCCUCAAAAUCCCACUAUGUUACCUCUCUCUUCCACACUCGCCGGACCUCAAGCUUCAUGGACCCAAAAAUCUGUUGCGCAGCCAACCAUGAGCUCAUUUCAGCCUACGCUUCCAAGUGCAGCGCUCGGCGCUUCGGCGACCCUACGAGAUUUGGGCGCAAAUAAAAAGUCCAUGCCACCGUCAAAGGGAUCUUCUGACCUAGAGGAUGGACAGGUGAGUAGCGGAGAAGUGAGUGAAGAAGAGCACCAGCCAGAAAGCGGAAUUAUAAAUGGCUACAUUUCACGAACGUCCCAUCCUGACGAUGGUGAGACGGGUCGUCGUCAAUCGCUGAUAGAAAGCCGUGUGAUCGUUGGAAGACUGGUCCAAGAGCUAUAUACUUGGGGACUCGAUCUCCAGGACAUGUUAGGAGAAGUUACAAAUCCAGGAGCACUUCGCAUGUUCUUCGAAGAGCUCGGGCUUCCAAUUUCAAAUGCUUCUCAGGUAGAUUCAGAUAUCCAAAAGCCAGCUGCCUUCGAAGGAGCUGACAGCCAAUCUUCUCGUUCACGUCCUGAAUUGUCCACAUCAAUACCGAGAGCUACUGAGGGCGUUCUUGCAAAUCUCUCCACCGCACAGACCCCGUUCAACUCCGUGGAAAGUCAGAACACGCAAGCGUCUAACCCCAACCAGGGAGCAAAUCGGAGUACUCCCAUGGAUCGCAAAGCACUCAUCGCCCAAAAACUUGCCGCCAAAAGCUCGAAGGGAUUUUCAAGCUCAACCAACUCCGGCAUCCAGGCUACAAAAACUGGAGACACUCAAGAAGUGCCUCAAGCAAAGGUAUUUGGGCAAGCCGGAUUGUCUACUUUCCAAAUUGGCGCCGAAGGGGAGAGUGACAAUGUACCACAGAAACCAAUUACGGAAGGCUUCUCCGACCUUGAAGCUCGACGGAAAGCCCAGACAGAGCUAGCACGGAAACGACUUGAAGCACUUAAACACAAAGCAGCAGCAAAGGACCAUUCAGAGGGACCAAACAGCAGCAAAGCUCUUGUCCAGCUACCUUUGCCGCCUGACAAGUCUAUACAGAAAGAUUUCGAUAGUGUGGCAGCGAGCCCUAAUACUCCUAUUGUGCAGCAUGUUGGGCAAACGUCAGCGCGUAGAUUGUCAUACUUCUCGCCAGUCGCACAAAGUCCAGCAUUCAAUAUUCCAGGUCUUUUCUCAGCAGCACAAAAUUCCUACACCGAGCUACCCCUGAAUGGUGUAAAUAGCGAUAAAAAUGAAAUUGCGCCCGCCGCUACUACUCCAGCUCCAGAUUUGCAAGCUCUUUCGGUUCCCGUGGAAGAGAUGGAAAGCGUGGGCAUGCAAUACACGCAGGGUCCACAUAGUCUGCAGCGUUCCGUUGAGCCUCCACAAAAGCGGCAAAAAGCUUCCGAUUUCUUGGAGUCCCCUCUGUCUGGGCCAGCGAGAUCACAGCCACGCGAUGACGGCGGAGUGAUUAUUGACAUUAGUGAUGAUGAGAGCGAUCAAUCACAUCAAUACCUUGAUGUCCCAGACGUUGAGCGCACAGAUACUAGUGUUCAGGACGUCGAUCAGAUUGGAGAACCCUUGCCUUUCACAGGCACCUUGUCGCCAGAAAAAGAGCCUUCGUCAAUCCACACCCAGGCUUUACCUCUUGCCUUGCCAGCACACAAGAAUCAGGAUACAAAAGGAUUGAAAUCCAAGGAGAUGGAGAUAGAGUCGAUGAACCGUAAAAUUGCUGAACUGGAAGCGAACAUCAGGGCAAGAAAGGCUAAGCAGAUAGUAUCCCGUCCUAGUAGCCCAAGCUCCACCGCACAAGACUCAUCAGAUAUCUCUCGCUUGAUCACGACAAAAAAACUUGUGUUAAAGGAGAACCAACUUCAAAGUGAUACUGCGCCUCGUCAAAACGAUCCUAAUGAAGAGCACCAACGACGAAGUCCGGUGUCCACUCAAGCGCCAAUAUCCCGAGCGAUAUCUGAGGUAGAAUGUGGAUUCAAACAAGUACGAUCCAUCUCAGGGUCUAUCGCUCCAUUACUGGAAGAGGAGAUGGGACCCAGUGAAAUGAUUCUCGGUCAAGAGCUGGGCCAUUCGCAAAAUUCGCAAGUCCCCACUGGAGUUGCAUACCGCCCUACGCCGAAAGAGCUCGAUCAAUUCCCAAACGGACAAUUGGACUUAGAAGCUCGCAAAGUGUCUCGCCGGGCAGAGAUUGAGUCAGGUCUUCCGAUACUAAAUGAGGAAAUUGAGAAAGUCAGGCUGAAGCUACGAUCACUAAAGAAACAAGAGUCGGAAUUGGAAGCUGAAAUUCAGAGAGGAGUCGAAGGAAGAAGGCUUCUCUUGGAAGAACUCAAACGCCUCUCGCAAGUCGCCGAUGCUAUGCAGAUCACUGAUGAGCCCGAGAUGUCAUUUGAAGGCAUAGAAUCACGUCGCGCACCUUCUGCAGUAGAAGGACAAAUAAUUGACAAGGAAUUACCGAUGCCAGGAGAUGAUCAAGAAUUCCAAAUUUCAGACAAAAUACUGCAAAAUUCGGAUACCGAGGAAGGCGUGGCUUUAAAUGGUGAAGCUGGGCAAUUAAAUAUUGGGCAUCCCCGUGUCUCGGGAGAUUCUGGGUUCGACCGAGCCUCACAGAGCAACUUUCAGCAUCACGAUAAGCAAGAUGAGGACGUGAUGGAUAUUUCACGUAGUGACAUUGAUGAGGGUGAGAUCACGGAUGGCGCAAGUCAGAGUCAUAACGACGAAGCAGAUACCAAUUGGUUUGAAAUGGGUCUCGAAUCAGCCCAGAAUGCCGCGCACCAACAGUCAUCGAAAGAUUCUGAAGGCGGAAGGUGGUUUGACUCGGCUGACAACGAAAGUCGAACAAGCGAGUUCACGAAUGAUGUAUCUGACUCUAAGCGACAGUUUGACCCGACAGAAGAGGUCGAGGACAUGGAAGACGAAAUGGCCUAUGAGCCUCCAAAUGAUUUCAUGGCCAUCGAUCUCGACCCAAACUCAUACACUACAAAUGGCGAAGCAGGCACUAAUCGCGUAGACGGCUCUGAUUCAAACGAAGAAGGGAAGUCCAUGUCGAAUGCGAAUGCCACAAGUAUAUCACCCUCUCGCCAAAUGAUGGGAGAUGGAUCGGCGCAAACAGAGCGACAACCCAGUUCGGCAAACGAGCCAAGUCCUCCUAAUGUCGACGAGGACUCUGAUGCCGACUAUGAGCCACCGGAACCUCCAAAUGCCUCAGACAUCGCUUUCACAGAGCCGCAGUCAUUAGCAAGCCAUGCACAAAGUCCAUUAAAUAGCUCCCCUGGCGCCCACGAGAAAGACGCAAACGAGGACAACAACCUUUCAAAAGAAGUCACAGACUAUAAGCAGAAUCCAUUGCCCACGAAUAUUCAGCAAGAGAGCCGCUUCGUGCCUUACGAGAGCCUGUUGAAGCAAUUCAAGAGUUAUCGAUCGAAUCCUGAGUACAUCCAUGAGUUUCCUGGUGGCGUCUGA